UCUAAGUCUGUGGCUGAUGGUUUGUAGCCUCUAGUUUGAAGCAAGAAAAGAAUGAGUAGUCAGGAACUAGUCACUUUGAAUGUGGGAGGGAAGAUAUUCACAACAAGAUUUUCUACCAUAAAGCAGUUUCCUGCCUCUCGGUUGACAAGAAUGAUAGAUGGCAGAGACCAAGAAUUCAAGAUGGUUGGUGGCCAGAUUUUUGUGGACAGAGAUGGUGUUUUAUUUAGUUUCAUCUUAGAUUUUUUGAGAACUCACCAGCUUUUAUUACCUACUGACUUUUCAGACUAUCACAGGCUUCAGAGAGAGGCUCUUUUCUAUGAACUGGAUCCUCUGAUUGAUCUCUUAAACCAAGAACGCUUGCUACAGCCAAGACCUGCUUUUUUGGAGGUGCAUUUCCUAAGCCGAAACACUCAAGCUGUUUUCAGGGUAUUUGGCUCUUGCAGCAAAACAAUUGAGAUGCUAACUGGGAGGAUUACAGUGUUUAUAGAGCAACCUUCAGCAAUGACCUGGAGUAGUAACUCUUUCCCUCCUCAGAUGACUUUACUUCCACUGCCGCCACAAAGACCUUCUUACCACGACCUGGUUUUCCAGUGUGGCUCUGACAGCACUACUGAUAACCAAACUGGAGUCAGGUAUGUUUCUAUAAAACCUGAUAAUCGAAAAUUGGCCAAUGGAACUAACGUCCUCGGCUUACUAAUCGACACUUUAUUAAUGGAAGGCUUCCAUCUAGUCAGUGCUAGAACAUUAUCUUCUGAAGACAAAACUGAAUGCUAUAGCUUUGAAAGGAUAAAAAGGCCUGAAGCUUUCACCAUGAACAAAACACUGAAACCAGAGACUACCAUCAUAUCAGAGCAAUCUCAGAAAAAAAAGUGA